AGACUACUACUCUUAACUCACUAAACCCUAAAUCUCAAAAGCCUCCAUUUCUCUCUCAACCGCUCUUUCUCAAUGGCAACAGUCGCAGAUCCUGCUCCGGCUAAGAAAUCGAGAAACAGCAGAAAAGCGUUGAAGCAGAAGAAUGAGAUGGUGGAGUCACCGUUGUUAUCCCCAGCGAAGGGGAAAGAAACGAAGUCAUACGAGAAAGACCUGAUGGAGAUGCAGGCGAUGUUGGAGAAGAUGAAGAUCGAGAAGGAGAAAACAGAGGAUCUGCUGAAGGAGAAGGACGAGAUCCUGAGGAAGAAGGAGGAGGAACUCGAAACGAGAGACGUGGAACAGGAGAAGCUGAAGGUGGAGCUGAAGAAGCUUCAAAAGAUGAAGGAGUUCAAGCCUAACAUGACUUUAGCUUUCUGUCAAUCUUUGGCACAAACUGAAGACGACAAGAAGGGGAAGAAGAAGAAGAAGGAUUGUCCUGAGACCAAGAGACCUUCCACGCCAUACAUCUUGUGGUGCAAGGAUAACUGGAACGAAGUCAAGAAGGAGAACCCAGAUUCGGACUUCAAGGAGACUUCCAACAUUCUCGGUGCUAAGUGGAAGACUCUGAGUGUGGAAGAGAAGAAGCCUUACGAGGAGAAGUAUAAGGCUGACAAGGAAGCUUAUCUCCAGGUUAUCACAAAGGAGAAGCGAGAGAGAGAAGCAAUGAAGCUUCUGGAAGAUGAGCAAAAGCAGAAGACUGCUAUGGAGCUGCUUGAUCAGUAUCUCCACUUUGUUCAAGAAGCUGAACAGGAGGAUAACAAUAAGAAGACAAAGAAGGUAAAGGAUCCUCUGAAGCCUAAGCAACCCAUCUCUGCUUACUUGAUCUAUGCAAAUGAGAGGAGGCCUGUUUUACGAGAAGAUAACAAGAGCGUUAUAGAGGUUGCAAAGUUAACGGGAGAGGAGUGGAAGAACUUGUCUGAGGAACAAAAGGCUCCCUACGAUAAGAUGGCAAAGAAGAACAAGGAGAUAUAUCUGGAAGAGAUGGAAGGAUAUAAGAGGACAAAGGAAGAAGAAGCGAUGAGCCAGAAGAAAGAAGAAGAGGAACUCAUGAAACUCCACAAACAAGAAGCUCUCCAACUUCUCAAGAAGAAGGAGAAAGCUGACCACAUCAUAAAGAAGAAGAAAGAAACAACGAAGAACAAGAAGAAGAACGAGGAUGUUGAUCCUAACAAACCAAAGAAGCCUGCCUCUUCAUUCUUUCUCUUCUGCAAAGAUGCAAGAAAGAGUUUGGCAGAGGAGCAUCCUGGGAUUAACAAUUCAACUCUUACAGCCCACAUUUCAUUGAAAUGGAAGGAACUGGGGGAAGAAGAAAGGCAAAUGUAUAACGGAAAAGCUGCAGAGUUAAUGGAAGCGUACAAGAAAGAAGUGGAAGAGUACAACAAGACCAAGGCUGCUGCGUAGUAGAUGAAUACUACUACUACUAACUCAGUAGUUGAGAAAUGGGAAAAACGUUCAAGUUUGCUUAUAUUGAAGAGAACAUCUCUUAUGCAAAAUGAUUAUCUGCUUUUUCAAGAUUUUCUUAUUGGUUGUUUCUUCUCUCAUAUUUAAAACUUUCUCUCAAUUUGUGUUU